ACAAUUUUAAUGACAUUAUUCCGUUGCUGGCUACUGAGGAGUACUGGUAUGGCUGCUCAUUUGAAAAAACGGGUUUACGAAGAAUUUUCCAAAGUUGUACAGCAACUGCCUCAUGAGGAGGUACCGGCCAAGAAGCUCCGGCUUACCAAGCCCAGUAAAUCAGCAGCGCUCCAUAUUGACCUCUGCAAAGCCACCAAUGCCACAGAUGCCCUGCAGUAUCUCUUGAACUUUGCCCGCAAGCCAGUGGAGGCAGAAAGCGUGGAGGGUGUCGUGCGCAUUCUGCUAGAGCACUAUUACAAGGAGGUAGAUAACUCAGUCAGGCUGAAGAUUGCAUCACUGCUUGGUCUGUUGUCCAAAACGGCAGGUUUCUCCCCUGACUGUAUUGUGGAUGAUGUCAUAAGCACGCUUAACAAUGAUAAGUCUAAACAGGUGCUGGCACAGCUGUUAGACACACUGCUGGUCAUUGGCACACAGCUCCCAGAGAACAUCGCAGUAACUCAGAGGCUUAUCGACGUGGCAUGCAAGCACCUGAACAGCACCUUCUUCGGCGUGCGAAAUAAGUGUCUGCAGCUGCUAGGCUGUUUGGGUACUGUUGAUAAGCCCCUGACCAAAGAGAGCGAGACAGGACCCAGCGCCUCUGCCACACCCCCACGGGAUGUCCCGAGCCUGAUCAGUGACUACUUCAGCGACCAGGACCCCCGCGUUCGCACUGCGGCGAUUAAAGCUAUGCUGCAACUGCAUGAAAGGGGGAUGAAACUCCAACAAACUGUAUACAACCAGGCCUGUAAGCUUUUGAGUGAUGAUUAUGAGCAGGUGCGCUCAGCCGCUGUGCAGAUGGUGUGGGUGCUGAGCCAGCUUUACCCUGAGAGCAUUGUCCCAAUUCCCUCGUCCAACGAGGAGAUCCGACUAGUAGAUGACUCGUUUGGGAAGAUCUGUCAUAUGGUCAGCGAUGGCUCCUGGGUAGUCAGAGUGCAGGCUGCCAAGCUGCUGGGUUCCAUGCAACAGGUGAGCCCGCAUUUCCUGGAGCAGACGCUGGACAAGAAGCUGAUGUCAGAUCUCAGGAGGAAGCGCACAGCACACGAGCGGGCUAAAGAACUCUACACUUCCGGAGAGUUCUCCUCGGGCCGCAGGUGGGCAGACGAUGCUCCAAAAGAGAAAGUGGACACAUCGGGCGUAAACCUCAUCGACUCUGGUGCCUGCGGAGCGUUCGUGCACGGUCUUGAAGACGAGAUGUACGAGGUGAGGAUAGCAGCUGUGGAGGCACUGUGCUCUCUGGCCCAGGCCUCUCCCAGCUUUGCGGAGAAGUGCCUGGACUUCCUGGUGGACAUGUUCAAUGACGAGAUCGAGGAGGUGCGGCUGCAGUCUAUCCACGCACUACGUCAGAUCUCCACCAACAUCACGCUGCGUGAGGACCAGCUGGACACGGUGCUGGCUGUGUUAGAGGACUCAUCACGGGACAUUCGAGAGGCCUUGCAUGAGCUGCUGUGUUACGCUAAUGUGUCGACUAAAGAGUGUAUCCAGCUGGCCCUGCUGGAGCUGUUGAAGAACCUCACUAAGUACCCAACCGAUCGCAACUCAGUGUGGAAGUGUUUGAAGUUCCUUGGUGCCCGCCACCCCACUCUGGUGUUGCCCAUCGUCCCUGAGCUCCUGAGCACACACCCAUAUUUUGACACCCCUGAGCCGGACAUGGACGACCCAGCAUAUAUUGCCGUGUUAGUGCUGGUGUUUAAUGCGGCAAAGUCUUGCCCCACCAUGCCGGCUCUGUUCUCAGACCACACCUUCCGCCAUUAUGCCUACCUGCGUGACAGCCUUUCCCACCUGGUGCCUCAGCUCCGAUUACCGGGCAGGAAACAGGUGGCAGGCACAAGCUCCGAGACUUCGGGGGUCGGCGCCGGCAGCCUGGAAUCGGCACAGCACUUCCUGCAGGAAAGCCUGGCCCGGGUCAGCACCCUGCAGAACCUGGACUCACCUGGAGCUCAGGAGCUGCUGCACUUCACCAUCAGAGAUCUGCAGAGGCUGGGGGAACUUCAAACGGAUCUGGCUGGAUCAGCAGACUUCUGUGCCACUUACUUGCACUGUCAACUUCUCCUUAUGAAGGCUCUACAGGAGAAACUGUGGAACAUGGCUGUGCCUCUUUGUCUGAAACAGAAUGCUAUGGCAUCUACUGCUGCUCAGCAGAUCCUAGAGGAGACAUACAAGUUGGAAUUCCUGUACAGUGGCCUGGAGUCACGUCAGGUCGCCACUAUUCACAAUGUGCGGCUGCAAGCCAAGGCUCUGCAGCUCAUACUCAUUGCCCGCACCAAACGAGGAGUUGAGCCUCUCCUUGCGCUGUGUGAGAAGUUUCUACAGGAAGUGGAGGCAUUUCAAAGGCUCUUCAUCACAGAGCUGCCCCACUUUCAGGACAGUUUUGUGGAGAAGCUUCUGGAACUCAUGCCCAGACUUGUGGCUUGUAAACCACUGGACUUGGUGAAGAUUCUCCAGACCACUCUGAGACAAAGCAGAUUCAUCCACCUCAAACUGCCUGAGCAGAUCCACCGAGCUUUAGCAACAAUCAUUGAACCAACAGGGGAGUCAGACAACCCGCUGCGCUUUACGUCUGGUCUGGUAGUGGCAUUAGACAUUGAUGCAACCUUGGAACAUGUGCAAGAGCCUCAAACAGUAGUCAAAGUGCAGGUACUCUACCCAGAUGGACAGUCUCACAUAAUCCAUCCCAAACCUGGAGAUUUUAGGACACCAGGACCAGGGAGGGUACGGCUCAUCACUCAGGUGUAUCUGUCCCACUCAGCCUGGACAGAGCCAUGUCAGAUUGAGGUGAGGUUACUCUUGGCCUACAGCUCCAGUAGUAGCAAACUUGCUGCUCCUAAGCCAGCCUGGAACGAGAGCAUGGAAGGCCUCCCAACAAGUGAGAACUUAAUCGAGGGCACCAUCAACCUCAGCAAGCCUGUCAAGGUCUUCAUUAUGCCAAAGCCUGCUCGCCGCUAACCCAGGACAGGAAGAAGCAAACAAACAGCAAACAAAUUGUGGAAUGCCGAGGCAAAGACUAUUGACUGAAUCUAUAUUUUCUGCAUUAGCAGUGCUUUUAUUAUUUAAAAAAAAAAAAGCAAAAGUAAUGAUUUUCUCUCAUGUGUAGUCUUCCAUCCAAAUAAACACCUUUUUUUGUAUUUUAAGUAAAUGGUCAUUUUUA